AUGGAGCAGAUGCAGGAAGUGUUCAGCAACGGGCACGCCGUUAAAGUCACGUCGACGGCCCCUGGUUCGAAAGUCUGGUUCCUACCGUAUCAUCCGGUUCGUCACCCCAGUAAACCCAACAAGAUUCGUCUCGUCUACGACGCCGCUGCCCGUUUCAAGGGAACGGCUAUUAAUGACAUUCUGCUGAAAGGUCCUGAUCUUACCACGCAGUUGCUCGCCGUGUUGCUUCGCUUUCGUGAAAGAAGAAUUGGGGUUACAGCGGACAUUGCGAGAAUGUUCUACCAGGUUCUUGUUCGCGAAUCUGAUCGUCCGAUGUUUCGCUUCGUAUGCCGUGAUCCUGGAACGGAAGACGAUCUUCAGGAGUUCGAGAUGACGGUGCAUAUCUUCGGUGCUGUCUCUUCGCCCACGGCCUGCAGUUUCACCCUACAACGCCUCGAAAAUGAUGCGCCUGUCCACCUUCAAAAAUUUGCGAGCCGUAUCCGUUCCGACUUUAUGUGGAUAAUUUAUUAUCGUCGUUCGAUGAAGUGGAAGAAGGAGCAUCCGCUAGCAAGCAGCUCAUUGAAUUGCUCAACACUGGUGGUUUCAAACUCGUUCAAUUCCUCAGCUCUUCGCGUCCACUGCUGGAUCGACUUCCGUCAUCAUCUCGCCUUGUUCCUGAGCUCGAUCUGGAUUUUGACGACUUGCCGACCGAGCGGACACUUGGUUAUUUGUGGAACUGCGAGCGAGACGAGUUUGUUUUUCGUUUCCGGCGGACGGAAGAAGCAUAAACAAAACGAUCGAUAUUGGCUGCAAUUUCCAGCAUCUAUGACCCGCUGGGCAAAAAUCAUCCUCCUCCUGGCAAAAAUCAUCCUCCAAGAUAUCUGGCGGUUGAAAGGUGGCUGGGACGAAAUCCUGCCCUCCGAGAUCCUGAACCGUUGGGGUCGUUUCGUCGAGCGCUUGCCUUUGCUAGAGCUGUUAAACAUUCCACGAAACUUCUUAUCGCGCCCCUGGUCUGCCUACCAGUCGUUCCAGUUACAUGCCUUCUCGGACGCUUCGAAAGAAGGGUUUGGCGUUGUCGUCUACCUAAGAUCCGAACUAGUCGACAAGAUUGAAGUUUCAUUCACGAUGGUGAAGGUUAGAGUUGCCCCAAUCCAUCAGCUAUCUAUCCCGAAGAUGGAGCUUCAAGGUGCCUUGUUAGCAGUCCGGCUAUCAAAUUACUUGUUGAAAGAAAUGACUCUACCCAUAACUGCCGUAUUUUUCUGGGUUGACGCGAUAACAGUCCUUCGUUGGAUUCACGCAAGCCAUCGCCGUUCUAACGUUUUCGUCGCAAACCGAAUCGCUGAAAUCCUGGAUUCUACUACUCCUCAACAGUGGCGACACGUCCCUGGCGUACUCAACCCAGCAGACGAAUGCAGUCGUGGCCUUUGUCCGUCCGAACUCGACUCGAAUCAUCGCUGGUACCGUGGACCUGAAUUUCUCGCUCUGCCCCCCGAACAAUGGCCAGCCCAGGUUCCAGCGACUGAAAUAAUCGAAUCCGAAGAUGAUUCUGUUGGCUGUUUACUUAUCGUUGCCUCUAACGGGCCGUUAGACGAUCUCGUUGCUCGAGCGGACAAUCUACACCGCCUGGUGCGCAUCUUCGCCUGGGUCGAAAGAUUCAUUUCCAAUAUGCGGACCCCCGUACACCAAAAUCGGGCUAAAGAAAAGGUUGUCCUGAGUGGCAACCCCGAAAACUUGCAAACAGGACCCAGUGAGCUGAAAACGGGCCGGCGGCAAAGCGCGGACAAGUUAAAAGCAGCCCGACACCUUUUGAUCCGCAUUUCCCGAUGA